GCUGGAGAGAGCUGAGGGAGAGGGAAGCUGGGAGAAGGGGAAGGAGCCAUUGUAGCAACAGCUUUGGAGGUUAGAUGGGUGGCGGGAAGUGCUAGAGGAGAAGCAAAAGGGGGCAGUUGAUUGGGGAACAGAGUGAAGGGGUCAGAAAGGACCCUGCAGCUCGAAACUGACAGCACUGUGGCAGCAGUGCUGCAAAGAGGGGGUGGGGAGAGGUGAGAGGAAGCUGCUGCAUGCAUGCAGCGCGCUGACUCCCAAAGCGUCCAGGGGGAAUGUGACAUCAGCGCCGGGCGCUGGCGGCUGAAAGAGGCAGCAGCGGCGGCGGCUCUCCUCGGAAGUGCCUCCAGCUCGGCGCCCCCUGGAGAAGACCCCCGACCCUUGCCCAAGGCAGGCAUGUCGGCCAAGGAAAGGCCAAAGAACAAAGUGACCAAGGACAGCGUCACCUUACUACCUUGCUUUUAUUUCGUGGAGCUGCCCAUCUUGGCUUCCUCUGUGGUCAGUCUCUACUUCCUGGAGCUCACAGAUGUCUUCAAGCCGGUGCACUCGGGAUUCAGCUGCUAUGACCGGAGUCUCAGCAUGCCCUACAUCGAGCCCACCCAGGAAGCUAUCCCAUUCCUCAUGUUGCUUAGCUUAGCUUUUGCUGGACCUGCAAUUACGAUAAUGGUAGGAGAAGGAAUUCUCUACUGUUGCCUUUCCAAAAGGAGAAAUGGGAUUGGAAUGGAGCCCAAUAUAAAUGCAGGAGGCUGCAACUUCAACUCUUUCCUUAGAAGAGCCGUCAGAUUUGUUGGGGUUCAUGUAUUUGGACUUUGUUCUACCGCUCUUAUCACUGAUAUCAUACAACUAUCAACAGGAUACCAAGCACCAUAUUUUCUGACUGUAUGCAAGCCAAAUUACACAUCUCUGAAUGUAUCUUGCAAAGAAAAUUCCUACAUUGUAGAAGACAUCUGCUCAGGAUCUGACCUCACAGUCAUUAACAGUGGAAGAAAGUCAUUCCCUUCUCAACAUGCCACCCUAGCAGCCUUUGCAGCUGUGUACAUUUCAAUGUACUUCAAUUCUACAUUAACUGAUUCUUCUAAGCUCCUGAAACCUCUCCUGGUGUUUUCAUUUAUCAUCUGUGGCAUCAUCUGUGGUCUAACAAGGAUAACACAGUAUAAGAACCACCCGGUCGAUGUCUAUUGUGGCUUUUUAAUUGGAGGAGGAAUUGCUCUAUACUUGGGAUUGUACGCUGUAGGAAACUUCCUGCCAAGUGAAGAAAGUAUGUUUCAGCAUAGAGAUGGCCUCAGAUCUCUGACUGACCUCAACCAAGAUCCUAGCCGAGCAUUAUCUGGUAAAAAUGGUAGCAAUAGUGAUGGGAUUGCUCAUACUGAAGCAAUCCUAAACCGCAACCCAAGAGAUGCAAGUUCACUGACAAACCUCAAAAGGGCAAAUGCUGAUGUGGAGAUCAUCACCCCAAGAAGCCCCAUGGGGAAGGAAAAUAUGGUGACAUUCAGUAACACAUUACCCAGAGCUAAUACCCCAUCAGUGGAAGAUCCUGUGAGAAGAAAUGCAUCAAUUCAUGCCUCCAUGGAUUCGGCCCGAUCAAAGCAGCUUCUCACCCAAUGGAAGAGCAAGAAUGAAAGUCGAAAAUUAUCCCUGCAAGUCCUAGAGCCUGAACCUGGCCAGUCUCCACCAAGAUCUAUAGAAAUGAGGUCAAGCUCUGAACCAUCAAGAGUAGGGGUUAAUGGAGACCACCAUGGACCUGGAAAUCAGUACCUGAAAAUUCAGCCUGGCAACGUUCCAGUAUGUAACAAUAGUAUGCCUGGUGGACCAAGGGUGUCUAUUCAAUCUCGACCUGGUUCAUCGCAGCUGGUGCACAUUCCUGAAGAGACCCAAGAAAACAUCAACACUUCUCCUAAAACUAGCUCUGCCAGAGCCAAGUGGCUGAAAGCUGCUGAGAAGAGUGUUGCUUGUAGCCGGAGCAACAGUCAACCUCGGAUUAUGCAGGUCAUCGCCAUGUCAAAGCAACAAGGAGUCCUUCAGAGUAGUCCAAAGAACACUGAAGGUAGCACAGUCACCUGCACUGGAUCUAUCCGAUAUAAAACCUUGACAGAUCAUGAACCUGGUGGGAUUGUGAGAGUUGAAGCCCAUCCUGAAAACAAUCGACCAAUCAUCCAGAUCCCCUCUUCAGAAGGAGAAGGGAGUGGAUCUUGGAAAUGGAAAGCCCCUGAAAAAGGCAGUCUUCGUCAAACCUACGAGCUCAAUGACCUCAACAGAGACUCUGAGAGCUGUGAGUCCUUAAAAGACAGUUUUGGGUCUGGAGAUCGGAAGAGAAGCAACAUUGACAGCAAUGAGCACCAUCAUCACGGAAUCACAACCAUCCGCGUCACUCCAGUAGAAGGAAGUGAAAUUGGCUCUGAGACAUUGUCCAUCUCCUCAAGUCGUGAUUCCACAUUGAGGAGAAAAGGUAACAUCAUCUUAAUUCCUGAAAGAAGCAACAGCCCAGAAAAUACUCGGAAUAUCUUCUAUAAGGGGACCUCCCCAACGCGAGCUUACAAAGACUGAGUGACGAUCAUUGCUGACCAUUGCUUUAAGCAGGUCCACUCCAGGAAGAUCACGUGUCAAUAUCACUAGUGUUCUAGAUGUAUUUUUUGAGCUGGUACAGAACAAACCACUCACUGCGCCAAGUCAUUCAUCUUCAGCCCACCGUUUGAUAAAGGGCAAGGAACUAUCGUUUGCAUGGGCUUUUGUAUUUCUUUUGAUGGGGGAGGGGGGAACAAAGCACAAUGCAAGAACCUAACCAAUGUGAAGCAUUUUCUUAUAAUGUGUUUCUCCAGACCCAGAAACAUCAAGUAAUAAUUUUUAAAAAGACAUUUUAUCUGUGAAUGUGCCAACUUGGGGGGGAGGGGCUUUAUAUUUACACCUGGGAUCAAGAAUAUAUGUACAUGUAUAUGUAUAUAUAGAGAUAGAUAGAUGUAAAUGUCAUUAUUAUAUAUUGACUUCACCUAUUCUUCACCCCACAUUUGAUACCAGGUGGUGCUGUUCUAAUGUGAACAUAUUUGACCAUUUAAACUGUUAUUGGUCUGUGACAUGUUGGUGUGCAGUUCCUUGUAGAGAAAUACUGCUUUAUGAUGAGGAUGCUAGCUGCAUUGUCGUAGAAUAGGAAACCCUCCUUGCUUCCUUGUAGUGGAUCUGUCACAUUAAAUGGUCGAGAAGGUCGUGUGUCUUUUUUCUUUGACAUUGUGCUUUCUACAAAGGCAUUUCACUGAGAUGUCAUGACCAACCUUUCUUCUGCACAGUUUCAUUGCUGCUCAACUUCAUCUAAAUACAGGUGCUACUAAUGAAGACCCUGCUUCUUAGUGGGUAAACUUGUAUGAUUGUUUUGAACAUUUUCCCCCCAAGGGUUUUUUUUUUAAGGAACACAAACAUAUUUGACAUUUUCAUGACUUUCUUCUCUUGUCUUGUCAGCUUUUUGGUUCUUCUCAUGAUUUCUUCUAAAAACUGAAGCAUUGUCAACAUUAUUCUGGAAUGAGAUAUGCUAAAAUAAUCUUAGAAACCAUGGUAACCAAACCCAAACUUGGUCCUUGGUAGUUGCCAACAACCAAAUAGCAAUGAUUCAAGACAAUUCUUAGAAGUAACUAUCCUACCUGCUUUGCUUGGCAUCCAGUCCAUAUAGCCCCCCCAAACUAAAAUACAACUUAGUUCCAAAUUCUUCAGUUUAGAACACACUGGGAUUCUUUAAGAAAUUAGCUUAUGCCACAACAGUUGGUUUUUGUAUUUCUUCUUUGAAAUAAAAUUUUACCUUAUACUCUGAAAAGCCAGGAUCUUAAAAAAAAUGGAAAUGAACUGGCCAGUUUAAUAUAUUUGAGAAUGUUCCUUUAGAUUGGUCUAAUAAUCUGGGAGUGGACAUAGCAUAUGUGGGGGCUGCUUGUAAAGGAAAUAACCCAUCAAUGUCCCUUUUCCAACCAUGAAGUCGUAAGCCUGCAUCCAGGGAUAUUAAUCCCAUCCACAGAGAUAUAUCUUAAAGAAAUAAACUGAUUUUUAAAACUUUCCAAAUAAGAAUUUACAAUUUUUUUAAAAAGUAUGAGUGACCAUUUGGUUCUCAGUGUUUAAUAUCAAAUGUUUUUUAUUCACUUCCUAAGGAUUCAAAUACACUGGCUUGGUGAUGGUCUCUGGAAAAAGGCCUACUGGCUUUGACUUCAUUCCGUGACCUAGUGAAAUGGGCAGGCAAGAUUUGUUUGUUUAAGGAGAAUGACAGCUUCAAUCAUUAGCAGCCUCAAAACAGAAAGAGGGGGAUGUAAGCUGAGAAAGCUGAAAACCCAGAGACAGUGAUGCUAUGGUGAAGAGAGCAGAACUGGGGAAAAUGGCAAUAAAAAAAAAAAAAAAAAAACUAAACAAGGUCCUUUCUGAUAAUUUAGUCCUCAGAGUGGGAGUGAAAUGUUGCCUUUCUCCCUCCCCUCUCCCACACCACCCAGCUUCUGACAGCUUGUAAAAGGGUGGAAGGUGGGUUGAUUUUAGUACUCUAAAAAAUAACUGCAUUAUUUCAGGUGCAGAAUAAUAUUUCCUAAACUUUCCUAUUUCUUAACAGAAGAUUUUAAAGUACUUAUGUAAUCAUUGGAGAGGUUUUUUUUUCUUUAAAUAAAUAUUGAUAUAUUAUUUUGUACUCAAAGUGCCAAAGGCUACAGUUUUUAAUAAUAAUUUAUCAAAUUAUAUGAGUAUUAAAGAAAUAUAAUAAGAUAUUAAUUAGAAUUCAGACCUCUGCAUGUAUAUUUGAUAAGAUGUCUUUUGUACAAAAUAAAAUAACCUUUGUUUACAUUCCACUGGGACCUUAAUUUAAAUGAUUCAAACCAACAGGUGGCAUCUCUUCUCAGUGUUCAAUUUGUCUUAUUUAUUGAAGGGAGUGUGUCUUCCUUCAUUAGAUUGUGCUUUAAUGAGAAAAAAGUAUUGAAUAAAGAAAAUUAAUUAUGUUUUUAAAUAAAAUAUAUAUAUAUACAUAUAGUAUUGUGUUUAAUAAAAUGUUAUGCAAUGUUUUCCAGAAUGAAAAGAAGUUUGUAAAUUGGUAUAAAUGUAUUUUAAAUACAAAUUGAUGCUAUUGUGAGUUUAUUGUGUUAAUAUCAUAGAAAUAAAUAUUGAAAUUCCUCACUGAAAA